ACUAGGGAGUGCAUUUACGUGUGGGUUGUGGAAAAAGGUUUUGUUUCCAUCACCCCAUGGGAAACGCUGCAAAAGUAAUAAUAUAUAAAUUUUCAUUGUUGAGCUGUUUUUCAUCAGAAAUUCAUGACCCCCAGUUACUUUUUAAGCACCAGAAAGUAUUUGAAUUAUUCUUGGAACAUAAAUGUGCAUUGCAUCUGUUUCUGUUCAGUUACCAAGCGACUCGGUAAAGUCUCGGGACAAGUACAUUGACAUAUAACUAUACGAAGACUUAUUUUAGCGAGCGACUUCUUUAUUUCAUUGAAAACGAAUUAUAGACCCACAAAUCAAUCCGUGAAAAUUAACAUUUCUAGUCAUUCAUAUUUCACUGUCAUACAAACUUUCAUUUUCAAUAAUUUGGUUUCUUGCUUAUUAUUAUUUUUGUUAUUCUAAAUCUCAAAGAUUCAGAAUACUUAAAUAUCAAUGUUGUUCUUGGGCAUGUAUUACAUGGUGAAGAAAGAUCGAUUGUCGUGUGGCGAUAAAGACAGUUUUGAGAAAUCUUUUAUAAGUAUGCAAGCAUCGAAGAAGUGCAUUUUCAGUUGCGUUCUCAGCAAAGUUCAGCAAGUUGCAUUUUCAGCAAAGAUUAAGUGAUGAAAUGUUGUUCUCUGUUAAUAUGAUGAUGGUCUUAUUGCAGGAAAUACUAACCUUGGUGCGAAUUCGUACACAAUCGUAUGGUACGAAGGGCGGACGUACAAAGUGUUCUUCCUCUUCUUUCGUUUUCAAGUAAACAUUAAUGUGUGCGAGAAUAAUACACGGUACAGCGCCAAAAAUGAAACAUUUUUUCCACAUAAGCGCAGUUUUACCUGCAAAAUAUCAUUGUUAUGUAACGAAGUAAUUUCAGCGAAAAACGAAGAAAAAACUCAGAAUUGUCUUGCUACACACGGAGUACCACGAAUUCGGGCGUGAAUUAGAAAAUGUAUGGAUCACAGUUUAUUUCAAAGACGAAGUAUUUGAUGAAUUAUCGUGAAUCAAGCUCACUGUGAGUGACAGCCAUAUGAAUGCGAUUUUGAGUCACGUAUAAUAUCAAAUAUUAUUAGGCGUUUAUGAAUUCAACUAGUAUCCGUCUUUGGCUCACCUGCUUCGGCUGUAUUAUCCGUGAAUGGUGAGGCCGCCGAAAACUUCCUCACAAAAGAGCGACUAACCAGACGACUUACUGCCAUUUUUCUCACUUCUGCUUUCUGCUUUAAUCUUGGUCUGAUCCCUCAGUCUCUUCUCGUUCUCGUCGUCGAUGUUACUCUGUCACGAAUUACGAACAUCGCACAGAUGGUUCACGCGUUAUCAUCAAACCCCUGAAGUAAUAACUUCGUCGAUAGAUACACUUCUUUACCCUCAAAUGUCAAUUGUCGUCGUCUUUUCUGAAGUUGAAAUUGACGAAUAAUUUUGCCCGAUUGAUUAAAAUUAAAGUAUUUCUAGUUAUAUAAGAUAAUAUUGAUAGAUAGAUGAAUUAAAAUGAUGCUAGUCGCAUAAUAGUCACUAUGAAUCCAUUGUUCCGAAAACUACUUUGUCAUAUUUUUUUUAUGUUAUGAUGAUUUUCGGACGACAGAGAGCGCUACCAUCGUAUUUUACGUAGCGUUUCCGAGUUUCCACUAUUGACGAGUUGUGUUAUUCAGGUUUUUAUUUACUUUUCUGCGAUCAUAAACAAAACCAACAAAACAAUAGAAUUGACGAAUAGAGGCCUUUUUAUUUUUUAUUUUUACCACUUUAUAUUGUUUAUCGGCUAUUGGGAAAAUAUGAUAUAUAUAAAAAUUAUUCUAUAAAAUCCAUUUAAUAUUCAAUGUAUCGAGUAGAGAAAGCAGUACUCGUGUCAAUAGUAGUAGCACAAGGGAGGUUAUUUAUAAAGAUAUAGCUGUUAGAAUCGAAAUUAAAAUGGGUAAUUCAAGCAAUAAAACUUAUCAUCGAUCUCGACGAAAAUACGCCAGUGAGUACAGCCUUAGCGAUAUGAUCGGAGGCAGUUGUUCAGGAGGAAGAGAAACCAUCCAGACAGAGUGCUAUAGACCACGAUCCUGGGUUUCUCGGAGGAGUCGAAGUAUCGGAACUCUGGAUGAUCGAUUAGGUUCCUCCAAAGCGCUGUGGCCAGUGGGUCGUUCCGAAGCUUUGUUUCUACCUGAAUUUAGAGUCAGGAAUGAUCCGGCACGAUCAAAUUAUAGAAUCUUGGAGCUCAUAGCAACAGGAGCUUAUGGCAGAGUGUACAAAGUUCUCAAGGGCUCCGAAGAUAAGAUUUAUGCUUUAAAAAUGAUCAGCAAAGCUAAAAUAAUUGAAGAGAAUGCGGUUGAGCAGGUUAAACAAGAGGUUUCCAUUCAGAGGAUAGUUGGUCAUCAUCCAUUUGUUACCCAGAUUUUGGAACAUUGGCAAGGGAGAAAAACACUCUAUAUCACAAUGGACUAUCUCGGAGGAGGCGAAUUAUUCUCGCUCAUUGAGGAUUAUGGGUGUUUGCCGGAGUCCGUUGUGCGAAUAUACGUCGGAGAAAUUGCUCUAGCGUUAGAUUUUCUCCACAAUGCGGGAAUCGUGCAUAGAGAUGUCAAAGCAACGAACGUCCUUCUCGACAACGAGGGUCACGCGGUUCUCAUAGAUUUUGGGUUAGCCAAGUGGCUCGCUCCGAAUCAAAGGACCUCGACUUUAUGCGGAACGCCCGAGUACAUGGCACCGGAAAUUCUUGGAAGAGAGUUUUACGGGCACGCGGUUGAUUGGUGGUCCCUCGGAAUCCUGGCUUGUUUCGCUCUCACUAAUAAGUAUCCGCAGGAACCAUCGAGACUGUUCGACCCCCAAACGGAAGAGCGAUCGAGCCCCGACGAGGAUGUCGUUUUGCCAAAUAACCCGGAAAUCUCGACAGCAGCGAAGGAUCUUUUGCGAAGGCUUCUCAGACUCGAUCCAAAAACCCGACUCAAAUCAAUUUUCGCUUUGCAGCGCGUAGCCUUUUACAUGGGCCAUGACAUUCGUGGCUACGUCUCCAAGGAGACUUCACCGUUAAAACUUCUCGGUCGCACGAUCGUUUCGUCGGUCAACCGAGUAGAGUUCUGCGAUCGGAAAAUCUUCCAGGAUUUCGACAUGCCUCGGUAGCAGCGACACGGAAUCGCGAGUCCUCGCGACGAGGCAAAACAAACGAUUGAAAACUCUUUUCAAACUCUGUUUACAAAAGUUUUAAUUUUUAUUAAGAAUAGUUAACAGUAUUUUUUCGUUUGUUACAGUAUCUCAUUGAUAAUAAUACAAUAAAUUGUGAUAAUCUUAAAUACGUAAGAACUUAUAACAAAAUAAAAAUCGACGAAGAAAGUAAAAA